GGUAAAAUAUUUUAUUAUAAAAUUGGUAAUAUUUGCAUACUAACAUAUUUGGACAAAGUGAAUAUAUGGUUGAAAUAUUGUACUCACGUUCGAAUCGGUUCGAAGUUUGAACUCAUCGUCCUCAUCCAUGGCGAAUCAACUCUUGCCUUCCUUCCCUUCCUUCCCUUCCUCCAUUGCUCUUCCAAUGCGCGCAUCCAACGACAGCAACAGGAACUGCGUCCGCGUCAAUAGCAAUGGCGACGACCAUCCAGUGCUCCAGCUCCUCGACGACUACCGCCGCCUAGACACCAGGACAAUCCACCGCAUCCACUGCCGCAUGCUCCGCCUCGGCCUCCUCCACCACCCGUUCUCCGCCAGCCGCCUCCUGGUCGGCGCUUCUCUCUCCCCCUCCCCGGACCUAGCCUACGCCCGCCGCCUGUUCGACAGCAUCCCUUUCCCCAACCUCUUCUCCUGGAACACCCUCAUCCGCGCCCACGCCGCCGGCCCCGACCCCCGCCUCGCCCUCCUCCUCUUCGCCCGCUUACUCUCCGACGGCCCCGACGACCCCGACAAGUUCACUUUCCCAUUCGCCAUCAAGGCCGCCGCGGCGCUCUCCGCCCUCCGCGAAGGCGCCGCGCUCCACGGCAUGGUCGUCAAGUCCCCUUUUUUCAGCUCCGACAUUUUCAUCCUCAACACGCUCGUCCACUUCUACGCAGCGUGUGGCGAUUCCGGUCUUGCCCUCAGGGUGUUCGACAAUAUCCCGUCCCGAGACGUCGUGUCCUGGAAUUCCAUGAUCAAUGCUUUCGCGCUGGGAGACCGCUGGGACGACGCUCUGCGAUUGUUCGAGGAGAUGCAGCGGGAGAACGUGAUGCCCAACGACGUCACCAUGGUCAGCGCCGCUUCCAUCUGUGGGAAAAAGUGCGACUUGGAACUCGGAAGGCGCAUCCAUGCUUACAUCCAGCGAAAUGAUGACAUUGAGGCAAGCUCAAUACUCGACAACGCUUUGCUCGACAUGUACGUGAAGUGCGGAAGCUUGGAGGACGCAGAGUUGCUUUUCCACAGCAUGAACACGAAGGACUCCAUCUCCUGGACUACCAUGCUUGUUGGGUAUUGCAAAUUAGGCCAUUUUCAUGCCGCUCGCCAUCUGUUCGAUCAAAUGCCUGACCGUGAUAUCGCCUCUUGGAAUGCUCUCAUCUCAUGCUAUGAACAGAGUGGGCGUUCAAAGGAAGCACUGGAUCUCUUUCACGAUCUGCAGCAAGCUGAUGUAAAGCCUGAUGAGGUAACCUUAGUCGCUGCACUGUCUGCCUGUUCCCAAUUGGGCGCACUGGAAUUGGGUUGUUGGAUCCAUGCAUACAUCAAGAAGAACAGCUUCGCGUUGAAUUUUCAUCUGACCACUUCUCUUAUCGACAUGUACUCCAAGUGCGGAGAUCUGGAGAAGGCGCUCGAUGUGUUUGAAUCUACGAAGAACAGGGAUGUGUUUGUGUGGAGUGCCAUGAUUGCUGGAUUCGCAAUGCACGGGGAGGGAAAGGAAGCUUUGGAUCUCUUUGAACAAAUGCAGGAGGCCAAGGUCAAGCCUAAUGGUGUUACUUUCACCAAUUUGUUCUGUGCUUGUAGCCACGCAGGCUUGGUCGAUGAGGGCAAGCUGUUUUUUAGCAAAAUGCUUCCUGUCUACGGCAUUGCACCGAAUGCUGAGCACUACAGUUGUAUCGUUGAUAUCCUAGGCCGCGCUGGGUUAUUGGAAGAAGCUAAAGAGUGUAUAAGGAAUAUGCCGAUGCCGCCUAGUGCUUCGGUAUGGGGAGCAUUGCUUGGAGCCUGUGCUAUCCAUAGGAAUGUUGAGCUAGGUGAGCAUGCCUGUAAACAUCUACUGAAGCUGGAGCCUAGAAACCACGGAGCACAUGUAAUUCUGUCUAACUUAUACGCCAGGUCAGGAAAUUGGAACGCCGUGGCAAGGCUGAGGAAGUCGAUGAAAGACAGUUCGCUUAAAAAGGAAGCAGGUUGUAGCUCAAUUGAGGUUCAAGGAGUUGUUCAUGAGUUCCUGGUGGGGGAUAUAUCUCACCCUCUGAAAGAGAAGAUAUAUUUGCAACUGGAUGAAAUUGCAUCAAGAUUGAAAGCGGUGGGUUAUGUACCUGAUAAGAAACUGGUCUUGCAAGAUAUAGAAGAAGAUGCGAAAGAGAGAGCACUUUCUUUGCAUAGUGAGAAGCUGGCCAUUGCGUUCGGUCUCAUUAGUACCUCUUCUCCUGCACCAAUAAGGAUUACAAAGAAUCUUCGUGUUUGCGACGAUUGCCACUUGGUUGCCAAACUUGUGUCUGGUAUAUACAACAGGGACAUAAUCUUGAGAGACCGCUUUCGCUUCCAUCAUUUCACCGGAGGUUUAUGUUCAUGUAUGGACUACUGGUGAGUAAUCAAGAUUGAAAUAAUGUGUGUUCUUCUUACAUUGUGAUGGAAACUAUUUUGACAAUGCCACAGUGCAAAGUAGUCAUGAUUUCAGAAAGAUAAA